AUGGUGGCUGAGUUCCUUUCUCUCCUCUUAUUUGGGCUGUGUGCUGGCCAAAACCUAAGAAGAGAUGGGUCACUUCCCAGGCCCUCCAUCCAUGCCUGGCCCAGCUCGGUGCUUCCUGCCAAUAGUCAUGUGACACUGCGAUGCUCCACUCCUACUGGGGAAGUCAACUUCAGGCACAUCAAGUUUACGCUCAGAAAGAACAAUGUUCCUUUGGAGUCCUCGCCAUCUCCUGAUUCCCCCAGGGGCCUGGCAGAGUUUCACCUCACUGACCUAAAAACCAGUGAUGCUGGAGAGUACACCUGUGAUUACAGGACAGGGAGCCCCACCAGAAGGUCACCGCCCAGUGACGUCCUUCUACUGCUGGUGACAGGAGAAUUACCUAAACCUUCCCUCCACGCCCGCCCAGGGCGCAAGGUGACUGCAGGAGAAAACGUGAUUCUGCAGUGCAAGAAGCCCAGGCAUAUGAUAGAACCUCACAUGUUUGCUCUACUGAAGAAAGGAACUUCAACACCCAUAAAGCUCCAGGGUCCAGUAAAAACGGAGACAGACUUCUCCCUUCCAAGUGUGACUGUCAAUGAUACUGGGGCCUACAGCUGUGUGUACUACGUAGAAAGCGCUCCUUUCUACGCCUCAGAGCCCAGUGAUGAGCUCACGAUCUCGGUGACAGGGCUGUGUGUUGGCCAAAGAGACAUAAGAAGAGAUGAGUCAUUUCCCAGACCCUCCAUCCAUGCCUGGCCCAGCUCAAUGGUUCCUGCCAAUAGUAAUGUGACAGUGCGAUGCUCCACUACUUCCCGGGAGGUCAACUUCAGGGACGUCAAGUUUGCUCUCAAAGGGGGAAGAAAUGUCAUGGAGUCUUCGCCAUCUUCUGAUUCCCCAGGGGGCCUGGUGGAAUUUCAUCUCAGUGAUGUAAAAACCAGUGAUGCUGGAGAGUACACCUGUGAAUACUACAGAAAAGGGAGCCCCACCAUAAGGUCACCGCCCAGUGACGUCCUUCUACUACUGGUGACAGGAGAAUUUCCCUAAACCUUCCCUUAAAGCCCACCAAAGGGGUGAGAUGACUGCAGGAGAAAACAUGAUUCUGCAGUGCCAGAAGCCCAGGCACGUGAUACAACCUCACAUGUUUGCUCUACUGAAGAAAGGAACUUCAACACCCAUAAAGCUCCAGAGUGCAGUAGGAAUGGAGACAGACUUCUCCCUGCCAAGUGUGACAGGCAGUGACCCUGGGGCCUACAGCUGUGUGUACUACCAACCAAGGGCUCCUUUCUGGGCCUCAGAGCCCAGUGAUCACCUCAUGAUCUCGGUGACAGGUAAGGUUUUGGGGCAAUCGUGGAACCCCCCUCCCCCGAUCGCCCCGCCAGCUGGUGGC